AUGAAGCUACCUUCUAAGCCCGGUUCAUACAGAUUGGCUAAUUGCGACAAAUCAAAUAACGACUACGAGGCCGAUUUCCCGAGCUUAAAUGAGUUUCAAAUAUUUGAUGAUUGUUUUGUGGAUGAGUGUAUCAAUGUGGAGACUAUACUCAAAUCAAUCGUAGAGUUUCCAACUGAUCUUGUUGACCUUAAGGAUGUAUUCACUGUUUUAGAGCCUAGCAAGACGGUAAAGCUACAUUUGUUUUUGGACCUUUCAUGGUGUCGUUCUUUAUCUAUGGACGUACCAGAGUUUCUGGGGCUCGCUAACCACUUGGAAGAUAGAGAUGCGGGCUUCUCUAUACACGCACACCCGUUUCUGCUGCAUUGCCUUGGAGAAAUAAAUUUGAAAUUCUUCACUAGUGCAGAAGUUUUGAAGCUUAGGAGUAUCAAGGUCAAGGGGUCAUUUUCAAAUUGUCAGAGGCUAAGAGAACUUAGCUUUGAGCAUGAUUAUGAUUUUGAACAUGGCAAACACAUUCUUGACUUACCACAAUCAUUGAAAAGAUUUGAUUAUGUUUCUAGUUGCUAUCUGGAUAGGGCACCACUGUUGAAGAAAGGAUUCAACUUCCUGUCUCUCACUCAUGUAUCUAUUAAUUUUGGAAACUUUGAAGAAGUCGAACUUGAAGUUCUUCAAUUUAUGACAAGUUCUAACACCCCAAGUGUCAAAUAUUCUAGAGAUUUUGCAAAUAGGUUUACUAUGUUGCUCAAUCAAGUUGCAAGAGAAAAAAAAUUCAAGCUGGCAUUAGAAAUAUACCUGUCAGAACUGCUUACACGGUUUUUCCGUGAUAAUGGGGAAUUCGAUGCAGUUAUGGGUGUAUCGAGACUCAAGUGUUUAAAGUGUCUCAAAUUGGCUAAUCUUGAGGUAAAUGACAUUAGCAACUUUACCUUUCCUGAUUCGCUUGAAGAGCUGGACUUGUCUCAAAAUGCAAUAAGAUCAGUCGAGGGAGUUCCUUUUCCAAAGAACUUGGUGAGUUUGGAUUUGAGUUGGAAUAAGUUGCAAGAAAUAAGGAAUGUAAGCUUUCCACCAGCACCAAGAAAGGUUAAAAUCAGUGGAAAUUACAUAGAGGAUGUUGAUUUCGAGAAGAAUACGAUUGAUCAAAAACUCAAGAUUGAGACGUUAUUCCUAGGCGAUGUUGAUUUGUCACGUUGCAAGCUACCCGAAAGUCUACAGAAUUUAAGUUGA